AUGGAUGAUAAUGAUUUUGGUGAUUUUGGAUCUGAUCCUUAUGAGUUUGCCAAUGUGAUUGGGGAUGGAGAUCAACCAUUGUACCCUGGUUGUAGAAAGUACACGAAGUUAUCGGCAUUAGUGAAGUUGUAUAAUUUGAAGGCAAAACAUGGGAUGAGUGAUGUCUGUUUUACAGAAUUAUUGAUACUUCAAGGCGAUUUGCUUCCAGAAGGAAAUACAAUACCGGCCUCUAUGUAUGAGGCACAAAAGACUUUGUGUGCAUUGGGGCUGAGUUAUGAGAAAAUGCACGCAUGCCCCAUUGAUUGCAUCUUGUAUAGGAAGGAGUAUGAAGAUUCAACUAAUUGUCCUACUUGUGGUAUCUCAAGGUGGAAGGAAGGCAAAGAUUCAAUCUUGAAAGAGGGUGUGCCAGCGAAGGUGGUGUGGUAUUUUCCUCCAAUUUCAAGGUUUAAAAGGAUGUUUCGAUCACAUGAGACAACUAAGAGUUUGACUUGGCAUGCUACUAGAAAAUCAAUUGACGGUUAG